GCUUCAGGCGGCCUUUCUUUCCCGCGCUUUUUCAUUCGGUCAGGAAGCGCCGCCGCCUUGGCCUCGUCGCCGGCCUCUCGGGGCGGAGGAGGAGGCGGAGGCCGCGGGAGCCGGGCCAUGGCCACCCCUGAGGCGGCGCGGGCCUGCUUGGCCUCCUUCUUGAGGGACUUCCCGAGGCCUCUGGGCCCCGACGAGGCCUUGCCCUGGAGCCCCCCGGGACGAGGAGGCGCUGCCCUCCGCCAGGCCGAAGCCCCCGCCGAGCUGGCCGAGUCGGGCAGGGCCUUCCUGAGCAGCAGGAAUGUGCCACCUCUCCUUGCAGCAUCUUUGAUUCAUGCAGCGAUCAGUGAUCUGCUACGGGCUGAUCUUAAUGAAUUUCAAAAGCACAGUGUUGAAGAGGAAGAAGCUGGAGACCAUGGGGCAUCGCCUUUGCUGGAUGGAGGCCCUUUGCAGCGCUGUUUCUUUAACAAACUCUGGGAUGUUUGCGGCAAAUGGCAGAAGCAGCUGCCAAUCCUGAAGCCCCUUGAACGCUACCUCCAGAUUUCUGUCCACGCGACUCGUAAUAGCCGCCGAAAAAUGGAGGACAGACACGUUUGUCUCCUGGAAUUCAACCAGCUUUUUGGCAUGACGGAUAACAUGGACCGGGCAUACUUUGCUGUGUUUGAUGGCCAUGGCGGAAUCGAUGCAGCUAACUAUGCGGCUACCCAUUUGCAUGUCAAUGUGGCAAACCACAAGGAAUUCCUGACCAAUCCAGGGGAGGCCUUAAGAGAAGCCUUUGAAAAAACAGACGAAAUGUUUCUUUCGAAAGCCAGAAGGGAGAAGCUGCGCAGUGGCAGCACUGGUGUGGCUGCCUUGAUUGUCGGCAACAAGUUGCAUAUCGCUUGGCUGGGGGACUCCCAGGUUAUGUUGGUCCAGAAAGGGAAAACAGUCACCCUAAUGGAACCUCACAAACCAGAGAGAGAGGACGAAAGACAACGCAUCGAAGCCCUAGGAGGCUGUGUCACCUACAUGGACUGCUGGCGCGUCAAUGGGACUCUGGCUGUUUCUCGAGCUAUUGGUGACCUGCUCCAAAAGCCCUAUAUCUCUGGCUGUGCGGACGGUGCAUCCGCUGAGCUGACAGGGGCCGAAGAUUAUGUGCUUUUGGCUUGCGACGGGUUUUUUGACGCCAUCCAGCCUUUUGAGGUGGUGGACCACGUUCUCGAGCACCUGAUGCAAAGCAAAGGGGACGGCCUCAAGACCGCCGAGAGCUUGGUGGCGGCAGCCAAGGAGAGCGGCUCCACCGACAACAUCACCGUCUUGGUGGCCUUUCUAAGGGAACCCAAAGAGAUUAUGGCUGAUUGUCUCAGGGACCCCAAGAGCUGCCUUGCCGACGACAUUUCCAGUUCUGAAACAAACAAUUGAAAGCGGGACUGUCCGAUCUGCCAAAAGCCCAACAUCCGAGUAUAAGCAGGUUUGAAAAGAAAACCAGAACUCUGUAUAACACCUGGAAACCAAAACAACUAUGUUGUGGACGAAGUGCCAGAAGUCAAGUUUCUCCGUAUCCUGACCCUUUGAAACUGGGAUUUUCUUCUAUAAAACAGGGUUGUACCACUUCAGUCAGGAUGCGAGAGAUGGCUGGCUCUUUCUCCCUGCUAAGAAAAGGGCUAUUUGAUCUAAAAGCCAUUUUUUUCAAGGCAAAGGGAGAGGAGAGCUGUGGCCUAAUAUUGUUGCCUUUUCGAUAUGGAGAUUGGUUGUGUUCUUUUUUAAUGGUGAUACAACCGAAGCAGAGCUAUAUUUACAAGUCAUACGGUCCCACGGUCCAGAAAUUUAGUUACAGUUUUUUGAAAGUAACUUGAUGUCUCCAAAUAUGUUGCUUUUUAGUGACGUCGUGAAAGCUUCUGAAGGAUGCAAAGUCGCUGGCGUAUGGAACAAUACACACUUUGUUCCGUCUGCCUUCUUGCUGCCUCAGUGUGCACAACGGAGCAAAAGUGAUGUUCUUUUUCUAUCAGUCAGUGAGGUUGCCUCCCUAUAACUCUCAAAGUAACUUUUAAAAUUUAGCUACACUUUAACACGAUGGAUAUUCUCCAUUGUUAGGUCAGAAUUGUAACAUAUGUAGCUAUAAUCUCAGAGGAAACAAGAAAUAAUGCCAAAUAACUGGUUUGUUUUGUAACUUGUUUCCAAGCUCUAGUCUGAAGUGAUGCAGCUAGACCAGUGGGAUUUACGUAAGCCAAGUUCCCAUUGAUUUAAUGGGCCUGUUGUACUUGGACCUACCAGUUAUUAUUAUUAUUAUUAUUAUUAUUAUUAUUAUUAUUAUUAUUAACAGUUGUGCCUAGGGAUUCUCUGGAAGGCCGUGAAGUAGCAUACGAAUUUAAAGGGCUGCUUUUAGAUAUUAUUUAAUUAUAACAUAUAUGAAUAAGCUACCGUCAUCAUCACUGGAGAUGGUUAGAUUCAGUAUUACAUGAAGCCACUAAGACUGGAACAUUAGCAGCCUUAAUUUUUUAUGUGGGAGGUAAUGCCCCUUCUCUCUGUCACAUACCAAAGAAAAUAUUAGUGAUGUGUUAAUGAGGCUCAAGAGAGAAAGGUUGGAUCAUGAAAUGUAAAAUCUGAGCAGCAAAAUAUCUACUGAUAUAGCUAAGCAGUACAGCAGAAUUUAUUAUGUGGAUGUAUCAUUACUCGUAACUGCCAUUAAGCUUUGCUAGGAUAUUACAUUCUCUUAAGAUGUUUAUUCAUUACUACACUAUAUGCAGGUUGAGUGUCUCUUAUCCAAAAAGGUUGGGACAAAAAGUGACGUAUUUGAGAUUUUGGAAUAUUUGUGUGUACAUAAUGUGAUCUCCUGGAGAUGGGACCCCAUUCUAAACCCAACAUUAAUUUAUGUUUCAUGGACACCUUAUACCAGGUGUCCCCAAACUAUGGCCCGCGGGCCAUAUGCGGCCCAUCGAAGCCAUUUAUCCGGCCCCCACGGCACAAAGGCAGAAGGGGGUUGGUUGGAUUAAAUGGCCCAACGGGUCUCUUCCAACCCUCUUUAUUAUUAUUAUUAUUAUUAUUAUUAUUAUUAUUAUUAUUAUUAACAUUGAGGCUGGGAGGCCAUCUGUCAGGGGUGCUUUGCUUGUGCUUUUGGUCCACAAAGGCAGAAGGGGGUUGGGCUAAAUGGCCCAAAGGGUGUCUUCCAACCCUCUUUAUUAUUAUUAUUAUUGUUGUUAUUGCUUGGUGGCCAACUAUAAUCCGGCCCUCCAUCGGUUUGAGGGAUCGUGAACUGGCACCCAGUUUAAAAGUUUGGGGACCCCUGCCUUAUACACAUGCCGUGAAGGUCAUUUUAAACAAAAUAUGCCCUUUUAAUGUGCACAAAACAAAAGUUUGUGUGCCUUGAACCACCAGAAAGCAAAGGUUUCACUCAGCCAACCAUAAUAAUAAUAAUAAUAAUAAUAAUAAUAAUAAUAAUAAUAAUAAUAAUAAUAAUAAUAUCAUCACAAGGGGACCAGGCUCAGACAUAUACAAUAAAAUACAACAAUAUAAAAUACAUAACAAUCACAACAAAUUAAAAUAUCAAACUCUACAACACAGCCAUGGGGACAAUUUCAGAAUUUGGAGUAGUCCAGAUUUCCGAAGCAGGAUAAGGGAUACUCAACCUAUAUGACCAUUUUGUUGAUUUAGUGUUUCUAUAAUAUGCAUUUUAUGGCAUACAUUAUGUAUAAUUAAGUAAUUUAUUAUUGUUAUAUUCUUCUUUUGCCGGGGACCUUUUUCAGAGUGUUAUAAUAUGUUAUAAACUUUAUUUAACCGAUUUUUAGAUGUACAUUAUGAGGGUUUUUUUGCCCCAGAAACCAGUUGCUCUCCUCUAACAAAGACAGGACAGGGCUGCUUUCUUUCUGUUAUGUUGUGCGGCGCAUGUGGUAGCUUUUCUGGUCAUUCCUAUUUGAUGCAUCUGAAGAAAAAAAAGCACUUAAGACUUUUAAAAAGGAAUGCACACAGCGGUGUAGUUCAGGGAAAUACAGGACAGGUUAUUUUAAAGGUUUCUCAAUGAUAAUUUAUGUAAAAUGAUCAGAUCUCUUUCGACAGGCUAGAAUCUAUGAUUCAAUGAAUCCUGUUUAAUUGUGUUUUAGCUUGUGAUAUCAGACUUCAGCGGUUUUCUAGGCAGAAUAAGAAAGAAUAAGAUAGACUUGCUUCUGCUAUUAGAAUAUUAUCCCCUUCAUAUGCAAUGGAGACUGACUUAACCUGUGGAUGCAGAAUUCUGUCAUCGUCUUGUGCAUUUUGAGCCUCGGAAAGUUCUGUAUAUCUGUGUUUGUCUCAGCUUCCUUUGUCAACACAAAGCUGCUUGAAUGGUCCCGUCUUUUGGUUUAAAACAAAAAGCUGUGCCCUGUAUUUUUGAAUUUGUUGUUUCGCAAAGGAGAUGAUAAUAGGGCAUGUGCUGGAAGCAGAGUCAUUUAUGCUGAAUAGGAGCUGGCUAAUGGACCAUUAGUUUUCUCUAGUGAUUUGGGAAGUGUGCUAAUUUACCAUCAAAUUGCAAGGUUGGAGUGGCCAAGGAAAGCUUUUUUUAAAAAAGGGGGGAGGCGAUGAAUUUGCAGCAUGCGCCUUGCAAAAGUAAAUUAACAUACAGCCUCUGAAUAACUGGUAAUGCAUUCUUCGUAGAUGUGGUGAAUAAUUUAAAAAGUUAGGAAAUAUUCUAGUAGUCUCGUUAGGGUCUAAACUGGUUUUUUGAUUUUUAAUCGUGUCAGAAGCAACUUGAGAAGAUACUGCAAGUCGCUUCUGGUGUGAGAGAAUUGGCCGCCUACAGAGACGUUGCCCAGGGGACGCCCGGAUGCGUUACCAUUCUGCUGGGAGGCUUCUCAUGUCCCUGUAAGCUAGAGCUGACAGGUGGGAGCUCACCCUGUUUUGCAGUAUCGAACCACCAACCUUCAGGUCAGCAGUCCAGCCCGCACAAGGGUUUAACCCAUUGCGCCCGGAUGUUUUACCAUCCUGCUGGGAGGCUUCUCAUGUCCCUGUAAGCUAGAGCUGACAGGUGGGAGCUCACCCUGUUUUGCAGUAUUGAACCGCCAACCUUCAGGUCAGCAGUCCAGCCCGCACAAGGGUUUAACCCAUUGCGCCACCGCGGCUCCUGUGUCUAAACUGACGAGAUCAAAUGGCAUUGGACAUCUUUAUUUUCCGUUUUCAGAAGUAACACAAAACUUUGGUUUAGUUUGAAGGCAUGCAGUCUGUUUUUUAAAUCUUCUGGGAAGUACAGAAACGCAAAAGUUUUCCAACCGGCUUAUUUGUUGGUCUGAGUCACCCAAAAUUGGAAUCCAGGAUUUAGGAAUCGUCAUCCUGUUAAAAGGGUUUAUCUACAGCACUUCCAUUGCAAGGUUGCUGUUGUCACUGGGUUGUUUGGUGUCGCACUAUUGUUGAUUGAUCAGUUUGUGUUACAUUUAAGAUCGGAUCGUGAAAAAUACGCCUGAUUCAAUUCUGUAUCGGUAUGUCUUUUUAAAACACAUCAAAGCCCUCCUUUUGUAAAAACAUUGCCAUCUUCUCCCUGUACACAAAAUCAGCAUUAAAUGUGCUGAAAGUGUUCCAAGUGCCUUGGGUGUCAAGCCAGCUUUCCAAAGCCAUUGAAAUGUGUAUAUAUAUAGAUGGGAAUGGUCCCUGCCAUUUCACAGACCAGAGUCGGUGGUAGCAAGCCAGAAAUGUACCACUUACGGGAGGGAGUAAACAAGGAAAGGGGUUCUUGUCACAGCCGAUUAAUCUGACAUGCCGUGUUUUGCAGAUCCUUGCAGCGAGCCGAGAGCGUGCGCAGAACCAUUUGAGAACAAUGGGAGAAGGGGAAAGUUUAACGAAAUCCACCCUCUAAUAGUGGUGUUGAUGGAAGGAGAGGGAGGCAUGAUGAGAACGCAUUUAAUAAUGAUUAGUGCCUGUUUUUAAAAGGAGGUAGGCUGACAAGGAGAGCCACAAUGCUCUCUUUCUUCUGGAGUGAUCCUGAGAUACUUUUGAAAAUGGAUUUCUCCAUGCAGACUGUUCUUGCGUUGUCAUUUCCAAGGAACAACGCAAACCAACAAGAAAAGCACACCUCUUGGUGUGACUGCGUCUCCUGGUGUCUUGAUACUGUAGUGGUGCUGAUCGGAUGUGUGUUUUUGUCAAUUUGGCUGUCGAGUGGCAUUGGCCACCACAAUGGCUUUGAUAGUUGACUUUGAGUGCAGCUCAGAAGUGGGAUGACACAUUGCCGUGUUUGGAUUGCAAGAAAGUACAGUAGAGUCUCACUUAUCCAACACUUGCUUAUCCAACGUUCUGGAUAAGUGAGUCAAUGUUUUCAAUAUAUCGUGAUAUUUUGGUGCUAAAUUCGUAAAUACAGUAAUUACUACAUAGCAUUACCGUGUAUUGAACUACUUUUUCUGUCCAAUUUGUUGUUAAACAUGAUGUUUAAUAGGCUUUUCCUUAAUCCCUCCUUAUUAUCCAAGAUAUUCGCUUAGCCAAGCUUCUGCCGGCCUGUUUAGCUUGGAUAAGUGAGACUCUACUGUAUCUGGAAAGUCCAGGGUGAGUGAAGAACUCAUGUCAGUUGGAGGCCAGUGUGAAUGUUGUAGUUAAUCACCUUAAUUAGCAUUGAAUAGCUUCAUCUCCUGGCUUCUUCCUGCCUGGGGGCAUCCUUUGUUCAGAGUCGUUAGCUGCCCCUGAUUGAUUCAUGUCUUCAAAGUGUUGCUACUUAUUUACUGUUCUGGUUUUUGAGUUUUUUUAAGACUGGCAAGACAGAUUUUGUUCAUUUUCAUGGUUUCCUCCUUUCUGUUGAAGUUGUCCACAUGCUUGUGGAUUUCAAUGGCUUCUCUGUGUAGUCUGAGGCUGGAUGAUCUUCUGUUGGGAGGACUUUGAUGGUGUGGGGUUUGGACUGGAUGGCCCUUGGGAUCUCUUCCAACUCUACCGACUGUCAGCUUGACAUCACUCAGAGGGUUUUGGUAAAGAUAAGAUGGGGAGGAACAGAGCCCUUUACUGCACUUGGAGCUCCUUGAAGGAAAGAUGUAACCUAUAGACAACAAUUGAGGACUAGUAACAUCUUUGAUGUGUAUGUGAGAGAAGGAGGGAGCACAUUAUCAGUGGCCAGUCAGUGGGCCACUCGGUCGAACUGGAGACGAUCCAGUUAGCAACGGUUCAUAAGGCGAGCAUCUUUCCGUUACAACAUCUCUUUCUCCCCCAGCAUUUGGUAUCUUAUGUAACUACACCAAGUACAGUCGGUGACAUUCCUCUUUUGUAAUCUCUCCUACUAUUUUGCAAAAAGUUGACAGUAUUAAUGACUUUGUGAGUGCUUAACGGUGGGAACGUUCCUUCCUUUGCGUCUGUUAGCGAUUCAACCUUGAAAAGGAGCCCAAGUGGCAAUUAUAUUCUGAAGCAAGCAUAGUCUUGAAUGCGUGUGCGCCAUUCUCACUGUAAUCCUAUUUAUUUUGGAAGACAGUCUGGAAGGACUGAAAUAAGCUGGAUUUAUAAUAUAUACAUACACACAUAUAUAUAAUAAGCCCUUUAGCCAGUAUUUUUAGAGAACCCCCUCCCCAAUAUUUGCGAUUUGUGCAUGCACUGUAACCUUGCUGUUGACCAUAAUUAUGUUUAUGUUUAUGCAGAUCUUUUGCUUGUUUGUUUUCUAACAGUGCUUGUAUACAUUCUGCAAUACUUGCUAUUUAUAUUGCAUGAGGUUUAUUGGAUGCAUGUGAGAGAGACAGACAGACAGAGGAUUUUCUCCCCAGUGUUCGCAGACCGAUUUGCAUACUGCGAGGAAGGAAAUGUAGGGGAAAUGAUUGAUGAUGGGAUGUCAUGUUUUGGAAUGUAAAUAAAUAAGUCACGACUUCA